GGAUUAGAAGUUGAUACUAGCUAGUUGAUGGAAAAGUCCGCGGAGGUAAACGACUCCCAAUGAUAAAGAAGCCGCACCGUCCUCCCACUGGAUGAUCGAGAUCCACAUACUCAGCAGUUAGAAGCACCUAUAUCAUAGGUUCGCUGGAGUGGACAAGAGGAGCAACCAUACGGUCUCCUACACUACCGCACAAGCUCACUUUAUAAUGGCCCUUGAUCCAGUCCCCGCUUCAUCUGCAGCGGCAACCUCCUCUGAACUGCCGAAGACUUACAUAGAGACGCCGUUGAUACACUCUGCUCCUCUGUCGAACAUAGUGGGAUGUACUGUUCUGCUAAAGCUAGAACUUCUGCAACCAUCUGGCUCAUUCAAAUCUCGAGGCGUCGGAAGUGUAGUUCGCCAUGCUCUACUCAAUUCCCCGCCAGGUAGCGAUCUUCACUUCUUCUCUUCAUCAGGUGGGAACGCAGGUGCAGCGGCCGCGGAAGCGUGCAAGCGCUUUGGAUACCCAUGUACCGUUGCUGUUCCUGAAAGUGCGUCUCCUCGAAUGAUACAGCGACUGCGUGAGGAGUACAGCGCUACGGUGGUACUACACGGAUCGGUUUGGCGCGAGGCUGACGCGAAGCUGCACGAGCUUAUGAAGGCUUAUGAGGGAGAAGGAGGCAAGGCGGUGUACUGCCACCCGUACGAUAAUCCGGUUAUUGUUGAGGGAAAUGGUACGAUCGUGCCUGAGAUCAUAGAUCAGGCAGCACAAUUGGGAUACACAAGUGAUAAGAUCAAGGCCAUUUCGUGCUCCGUCGGUGGCGGCGGUCUGUUUUCUGGAGUUACUACCGGCCUACAAGCUUCAUAUCCUGGCGAGCACAAGCCUACAGUUGUCGCGGUUGAGACUGUUGGAGCAAACAAACUGUAUCAGUCUUUAGGAGCUGGUAAAAAGGUGACUUUGAGUGCGAUCUCAACUGUGGCCAGCAGUCUUGGCGCGAAUGAAGUUUCCGACAAGGCAUGGGAAAUGGCGACCAGCUAUCCAACAGUGGCGGUUGAGAUUACUGAUGCAGAUGCAGUAUCUGCUUGCCUGAAGACUCUAGAUAAUCACAGACUGUUCGUCGAACCAGCAUGCGGUGCUGCGAUUGCUCCAUGGUAUGAGUUUGAGAAGUAUGAGAUUUCCGAGAAGAUCAAAUUGGAGAAAGACGAUGUUGUCGUUCUUAUUGUUUGCGGAGGAUCAACAAUGACGCUGGACGCAUUGGUUAAAUAUCAGCAGGUUUUCUCGCUUUAAGUACACCGACACCAGGCAUUUUGGGCCAAGAUAGAGAAGGAGACCAAUAGCGCAUUGAUAGAUAUGUAUGCGGGAAUUUUGAAAUGCUUGAUUACAUUGUAACCAGUCUUGUUUUGAUGUCUUGGGACCAAAGCAAUCUCAGUAAUAGUAAUCUAUCUAUUUAGGAAAUGUACAAAGCCCUUAACUAGAUGUCAUUGAUUUUAGUGUGGAGCGAUCUACUCAGGGGUUGACCGUUGCUAUGGUUACCACAAGU